AUGUUCCUGUGGAUGGUUGUUCGCAUCAACCAACAGCUGGACACGAAGCAGCCCAGGCAGUACUUCAUUGGUGUGCUGGACAUUGCUGGCUUUGAGAUCUUUGAUUUCAACAGCCUGGAGCAGUUGUGCAUCAACUUCACCAAUGAAAAACUGCAACAGUUCUUCAACCACCACAUGUUUGUGCUGGAGCAGGAGGAGUACAAAAAGGAGGGAAUUGAGUGGGAGUUCAUUGACUUUGGGAUGGACCUGGCUGCCUGCAUUGAGCUCAUUGAGAAGCCCAUGGGCAUCUUCUCCAUCCUGGAAGAGGAGUGCAUGUUCCCCAAGGCAACUGACACCUCUUUCAAGAACAAGCUCUAUGACCAG